AUGGCUAUGGGGCUCUUGGUGAUCUAUGGUCUCUGGGCUGUAGAGGGCCCUUUUGGCCUCCACCACCUAUACCUGGAGAGCAGCCAUGCCCUGCUGUGGAUGCUUACCCUCGAGGAUGAUGGGCUAGGUUGGCUCUGGGAGUUCUGGAAGCUCUCACAAUUUGUAGCUAAAGUCCUGAAAUCUUGACAGGCCCAGAGGCAGAAGCGAGAGAGACCUCCUACCCCAAAUCCCAUUUGAUUUGCAGCUCAGAUGAUAGUGGGCAUCUAUUUUGGCCUUGUGGCUCUGAUUAGUCUUUCUCCCAUGGCCAGCUUCUACACUGUAAGCCUCCCACUGUCAAUAGACUUAGCACUCAUGCCAGUGGCUGCUGCUGGCAAUCAGAUCUCAGACUUUAACAGCGCUCUAGGUGUGGCAUUCCUUACUUUCCCUAUCUACUAUGGCUGCCCCAUAGCUAUUCUGCUCAUCGGCUUGGCUGCCAGCAUCAUAGACCAGAAACACCACCGAUACAAAUCCUCAGCGGAGUCAGAGACCAGUGUGCAGCUCUACUGGCUGGGCUUGGCUUGCAUCAAUUUCACAGGCCCGCUAGCAUUCAGUGCCCUGUGGAACACAGCCACCCUCAACUAUGUAGCAGAAACCUUCUUGAGUUGACUCAGCUUCUUCCCCCUUCCUGAUCACCUCAUCACAUCUGUCCUCCUUCUGCCAUUUUGGAUCUGGUGACUCCUGGUCAGGGAUCCAGACCUUCACAGCAGCUACUUCCAGGAAUAGGAGAAGUUUGAGUCUCUUCACAGCUUUCAGACAUAGAAGCAUUAACUGGCUCCUUAGGUUUUGGACCUUUUGGAGAGGGCAACAAAUGAAGAAAUAUAUAGGUGUUACCGAGAGCUAGUGAAGGUCUGCCACCCUGAUCACAACUGGCAGCAGACAGAGGCCCAGAGCCAUUUCCUGGAGAUCCAGGUUGCAUAUAAAACCCUGAGUCAGCCCAGUGAGGCCUGGAGGUAA